AUGGAGGUGACUGGCGCAGCGGCGGCAGGGGCGCCGGAUCUGGUGCGGGUAUCGGAGGCGGUGGUGAGGGAGGCAGCGGAUCUGCAGGGUGGUGGUGGUAAAGGCAGCGUAGGGGCGGCGGAUCUGUGGUACGAUGAUCCAUUUGAUGGUAGAGCGAGAUCGGCUCUUCUUCAUUGCAUACGAAAAAUUAAUGUAAUGAUACAAAAAGAGCAAAAACUUGCUGCCCAAAAGCUUCAAGAUUUGAAAGAGGAUCUUGAGAUGAAGAUGCAAACAUACCGUGUUGAGAAUAGGUCGUUGAAGAAAUCUUUGAAGGCAACAAAGGGUAGACUUCAAGCAUUGUUCUUUGUUCUCAUUGUUACCUAUGUGAGUGGGCUGCCUGCUAUUAGAUUCAAGCCAAAAAUGACAAACCUUCUCAGUAGAAAACAAUUGUUGUUAUGGCUCAUUGAAGAAGAAAUGCGCCAGUUCAUAUUUCGAAUUGCUUUAGUGAUUGAUGUUAUCUUUCGUAUGAGGUCUAAAAAAAGAAAACGUAGCCAUCAAAUUGAAUCAUACAUCAUCUUGCAAAGGAUCCCUGAUCAAGUAAAACAUCUAAAUAGGAUGACUAUGGUUAGCGAUAUAGAUUGUGUGUUGAAUCUGCGGAUGGAUAGAAAUGCGUUUGGGAGAUUGUGUAAUCUGAUGAGACAACUAGGUUCAUUAAAAGAUGGUAAAUUUGUGACUGUUGAGGAACAGUUGGCCAUGUUUUUAUCCGUAUUAUCCCAUCAUAAGAAAAAUCGUGUCGUGCGCUUUGAUUUUUGGAGAUCGGGCCAAACAAUAUCGCGCUAUAUUUACACUGUUUUGAAAGCCAUCUUGAAGCUACAUGUUCUACUCCUAGUGAAGCCUGAUCCGGUAUCUGGUGACAACAAUGAUCCACGAUGGAAGUGGUUUAAGGGCUGUCUUGGUGCGCUAGAUGGCACUUACAUAAACGUGAAAGUGCCGAAUUGUGACAAGGCACGAUAUAGGACACGUAAAGGACAUAUUUCAACAAACACGCUAGGUGUUUGUGACCAAAACAUGAGGUUUGUAUACGCAUUACCAGGAUGGGAAGGUUCAGCAGCCGACUCUAGGAUAUUGCGUGACGCUCUCAAUCGACCCUACGGUCUUAGGGUACCAAAGGGGAACUACUACCUAGUGGACAACGGCUAUGCUAAUAGCGAGGGAUUCCUAGCUCCAUACAAAGGUGUUCGCUAUCAUUUGAAAGAGUGGGGACCUACUUCAGCGAGACCACAAAAUGCAGAGGAACUCUUUAACCUAAGACACACAAAAGCACGCAAUGUUAUUGAACGUGCUUUUAGGAUAAUGAAGAUGAGAUGGGGAAUUUUGCGGAGUACAACAUACUACCCUAUUCAGGUCCAAACUAGGUUGAUAAUGGCCUGCUUUCUACUUCAUAAUUUCAUCCGAAAUGAGAUGGCCUUCGACCCAAUUGAGCAGCAAUAUGAUACCACUAUCAAUGAAAACGAUGAUGUAGAAAUAGAUCACUUGCACUGCAUUGACUCGAUAGAGGCAUCGCAAGCGUGGAACGCGGAGAGGGAUUCCUUGGCAAAUGCUAUGUGGCAACAGUAUUUGAGAGGAAAUUAGUUGAUAAGUUUGACUAGUUUAUGUAGUCCUGAAAAAUUGUGAUAGUAGUGUCAAAUUGAAAGUCUAUCCUAUGGUGUCUUUGUGAGAUUUUGUUGGCUCUUUCAGACUCUGUUAACUAUGUCAAG